AACAGAUGGACCACAGUCAAGUGUCUUCAGCUGAAGUCUUCGCUUUUACCGUUACUGAACGGCAGAUGGCGCCACACCGCAUGUAAACAACUCAUGGAGAGAUCACCGAGUAAGAGACUUUGGAUUUUUAACCCUGUCCAGAAGAGAACUGCCCUGAACUCCUGGCCCGUGCAGCUCCGCUGAGCUCUCUCUGUCCUGCCGCGGACAGAUGAGUCCAGCAUGAGCUUUCCAAAGGUAACAAACAGCACGAGCUUGCAGCGCGCGCUCACCGCAGAAGCACGAGUCUGCCUAAAAGGGUCUGAGUGGACAUCGCGUCAUGAACAGACUCAUCAUUGGGAUUGGGGGUAUGACAAAUGGGGGUAAAAGCACGCUGAGCAGAAGCCUUCAGGGUCUUGUCCCCAACAGCUGCAUCAUUUCCCAAGAUUCUUUCUUCAAAGAUGACUCAGUGGUGCCUGUUGACAGCCACGGUUUCAAGCAGUAUGACACGUUGGAUGCCAUACACAUGGACAGGAUGAUGAGCAAAGUCAAGUCCUGGGUGCAGGACCCUCAGAGCUUCAUGCUGUCUCAGGGUCUCUCAGUUCAGGAGUCCAGUGUAUUCUCUCUCAUAGUGGAGGGCUUUCUCAUCUUUAAUUAUGGACCCCUCAAUGAGCUGUUUGACAAGAGAUACUUCUUACAGAUACCCUACGAGACGUGUAAGCUGAGGAGAAGCUCGAGGGUCUACGUGCCUCCAGAUCCCGUGGGCUAUUUCGACGGACAUGUCUGGCCCAUGUACCUGAAAAACCGAAAAGAAAUGGAGAACAUGGUGCAGGACCUGGUGUUUCUAGAUGGAAAUCAGAAGAGAGAAGAUUUGCUGGCCACGGUUUAUAAAGACAUCCAGCAGAUGUUUACAGCUGGGUAGAACUGUAUAGAAAUGAUAGUUUCAGGGUCCACCAAACAUGACGUCCACCCCAUCACACAAAAUACAGAGUAGACCGUUUUUUAUUAAUUAGAUGUUUUACAAUAUUCACAGACAAUGUAAUUUACUGUUUACUCUUAAAUUUACAUUAGAAGGUAUAACACUGUAACAGGGAGCUUGGCAGCCAGCUUUGCAUGAAAUAUCUUCAGUAUGGUGGGUUUUGGCUUCUCAAUGUUGUUUGACAUUAUUAUUUGAAAUCUGUUUUUGGUUGGAUCAGCGACUCUUAUUCAUCAAAGUUGCGUAUGAUAGUAAAAUGACGACCAACAGUUUUGUAUCUGUAUCUGUACAAUCAAACUCAUGUCUGUUAGGAGUGCUUGUAAAUUUGAGCGUAAACAUUUAGCGGCCGGAAAAAAAUGCUUGAAUUGUGGUUAUAUAACCAAAAUUAUUACCAAUAUCUAUAAUACUAAGAAUAAAAAUAAAAAUAGAAAAUAAUAAUACUAAUAAUUUGUGCAGUACAAAUGCAGAUGUACUUACUUUACAUGCACAUUAGUG